AUGUUAUGGUUUACUCAAUACACAUUUGGUUACAUUAUACAUUUUCUAUUCAGUCACUUUUCAUAGUAGGCUUGGUGAAAACCCAGGUGAAGGACCGGGAAUGCAUUCUGAAAUGCAUUUGAAAUGUUAAUAAACACGAUAAAAUUAAAUAACACAGCACACCUGUUCCACAAAACAUCUGGGAAAUGUAGUAUUUCAGUGGCACAUUAACAGCAGAUAAAACUGAGGUUAUUGAUUAAACUCUGACCAGGGCACGGAAUGAUGACUGGUGACUCGUGAAAUGAGGAAGAGAUGAAGAGGAAAAAAAAGGAGAAAGGGAGAGACAAAGAGGGAGAGGGAGAGAGAAAAAGAGAGGGAGAAAACGAGGGAGAGGGAGAGAGAGACUGCGAGCAUUCAGGUCUGUGCGCAGCUAAACAUUUACAGAGUGAGCCAGAGCAGUGUUGGAGCUCCGGCAGAACAGUCUUUACAUAACACUUACCGACACACCCACAACCGCCCCCAAAGCUCCAGUCACACGCCAACCAAAGCUGAUCUAAAUAGAGCACUGGAACCAGCGCUCUACGGUCCUGGCGUCGGCUGGAGGUGGGCCAGAGGGGGGCCAGAAGCGGGCCCUGGACCGGAUGGGGUUUAGGAAGGACCGGAGGCCCAGGCCUUGACCAUGUGGUCUGGAUGUGGGAGAGUGUGUGUACUCUGGCAGGGCCAUUGCCACAGUGCUAACUGCGCUAACGCAGAGAGAGACUAAUCCCAUCAGUCAGCAAGUCAGCUCAUUUCGCCCCAAAGGGAACAGAUUCCAAUGGAGUUGGUCGUUGUAGCGAGUUGAUAGAUUGAGACUCUCAGCUCUCACUGCCAUCUGCGAACUACGUGUGGGGCUGCCAGGGUGUACAUUAGCGCGAGGUGUACUCCAACCGAAGAAGUCAGGGGUGUUUACAUCACCAGUUCUCCGUCUCUCGCUGUGGUUUCCAGUGUGGAUGGCUGCAGUGGUGUCUGGAUGAUUCAGCUGAACUGGCUGCUGCUUUCCAUCACGGCAGGGAUUAAUGAGUCACCUUUCUGUACCGGAACCUUCCCUGCUGGGGGUUGAAACCCACUGCGCGAUCACCCACAGGCACGCACCGCACUACAGCCAGACAACUGCUACAGAAUAUAGUGUUGGGUUACUGUGAAUUUGUCAUCGUCGUUAGACCAUGAACGCGGACGCUCGGUUUGGUUUAAUAACGUGACUGAAGGAUUAUAAAUGCAGCCUGAGGAAAUGCCGUUGCCCCAAGAAAAGAACCACUGAGGCUGCCGGCCUGAUGUCCCCUCGAGCUUAUUUCCUGGACACAUUUGGAUGCACCCUUUAAACAUUAUCUGUUUGUCAUUAAGCAAGACACUCUGAUCCAGAACGACUAACAGUAGUGAAGUGCUUAAAAAAUAAGCACACGGGUAUCGAACCCACAACCCCCUGGCAUGACACCACCCAUGGGACUCAUAACACCACCCGCCACACAGUACCUUUGCACCAGUGGUUAAGGAUCUCAGUAAAGCCUAUUGGGCCAGUACACAUAUUAAUCACUGACUGCAAACAACAGAGAGAGGAGGCAGAGAGGGAGAGGGAGGGAGAGAGAGAGAGAGAAAAUGAAUAGAGAUACUAUUAGAUUAUUGAAACGAAGAAAACAGGCUUAUAAAGGUCAGACAGCCACUAGGUUUUACUUGAAGACGGGAGUUAAAGUAGGAGAGGAUGUUGGAGUAUAGAAGAGGAGUAGGGAGCCAAAUUGAGCUCAAAUGUAUUGACUGUAAGAAAAGAAAAACGUAAAUGAAAAAACUAAAUUAAAUCAUAUGAAGCAAUAGAUUCAAGCGUGGGAAAAGUGUAUGCUAAAAUCUUUAAAUGGAUUUUCGCAUCUGAUCGUUCAAACACGUUUUUUCCACGUUUGCUUCUUACGAUUACAAUUUCUUCCCACCUACGUUCGAGUCAUGUUUUCUCAAAACCAAGUUGGGAAGAAAUUGUAAUCGUAAGAAGAAACGAACGUGGAAAAAACGUGUUUGAACGAAGACAUUCUGUAACCAGCUUCCCUGACGCCAGCAGCUACCCAAGGCCAUCUCACCAGUUGAGUUCAAAAGGACAUUACUCUCCUCGCUCCCUCCUCCUCCCCCUUGUCCUCCUCGCUCCUGGUCCUCCUCCGUCUUCCAGCAUGCGUCUGCUCAGCGCCUUGCUGCUCCUUCUGCUCUUCAGGUCCGUCGAGCCCAGGAAGGGAGACCGGGGAUGGGACCAAAACAGGUCAGGCAGAGCCCGGGGCAAAGGCAGAGCCAACGCCGUCAGGCGCCAGACCUCCGAUUGCAAGGAAUACAUAGACGCCAGUGAAAAGUUCCUGGACUGCCAGGACCGGCAGCUCACUGGUGUCCAGCAGCACUGGCCGGAGGACAUCGAACAUCUCCAACUGGGCCGCAACAAGAUCCAGGUGCUCCGAGACAACACCUUCUCCCGUUUCAAGAACCUGAUCAGCCUGGAUCUUCAGCAGAACGAGAUAUCCCAGCUGGAGGAGGAGGCUUUCGCUGGGCUGACCCAGCUCACCACCCUGCUCCUCCAGCACAACAACAUCAAGACCGCCUCGGAGGAACACCUGCUGCCCCUGCCCCGCCUCCAACACCUGCGUCUCUACGACAACCCCUGGGACUGCAGCUGCAAGCUGGAGAGCUUGGUCAGAACCCUGCAGGUGCCAAGCAACCGUAACCUAGGCAACUACGCCAAGUGUUCCUGGCCGGAGGCCCUGAGGGGGGAGAAGCUGAAGAAGGUGCGGGUUGAGCGGGUGUGCCCUGGGGGGCAUCUGCCCGGCCAGAAACCCCCGGAGGGACCGGGUCGCCUGCCCAAGCCACCUCCCAACGUGAAUUCUGUGUGCCACACCUACAUGUUCCCCAAACCUAUGCUGGACUGCAAAAGCAAAGAGCUGAAGAACAUCCCCUCGGACCUCCCUUCAGACAUUGUGAAGAUGGAUCUGUCUAGAAACAGUAUCACUCAUCUCCGGCCCAAUGAAUUUGUUGCUGCCAGAGACCUGAAGCUCCUCAACCUCAGCAGCAACAGUUUGGAUCAGAUCGCCACAGCUGCGUUCGCCGGGCUCCUGUACUUGCAAGAGCUGGACCUGUCCAACAACAGCCUGCACUACUUUCCGUACGGAGUUUUGGAGGACCUGUACUUUCUCAGGAAAAUGAAUCUUGGCGACAACCCCUGGGUCUGCGACUACAACAUCCAUUACCUGAUCUACUGGCUGAAGCAUCACCCUGGAGUGGCCUACACUGGCCUGGUCUGCGCCGAGCCUCCGGAGUUCAGGGGCUGGCAGGUGGAGAAUUAUGUCAAGACAUACAAUGGAGAGUGCCCCAAGGACAAGGAACGGCAACCGGGCACGGCAGAUUCAGGCACCGACCAGAACGAAACGGGCGCGGGGAUGGAUACGGCCGAGGAGCUGGUCACCCAGGUGGACGAGGAAGAGCUGCUUCCGAGGCCUCUGAGAGACCCGCGUCCAAAGAAAUAUGACGUCAUCAGGUUGAGUUAACAAUCGGGAGCGAACUCUGACUACAUCGUCAGAACUGGGGCACGGCGUCGACGGUGGACGGAAGAUUUCAAGCCGCGGGUUUGCCAACGUUGGGUUAUGACAGGAUUGAUUAGAAAUGAGUGAGAACAAUCGCUGGAGUUUUUGUAUUUGCCCUGAACAUUCCGAUUUAGUCUGUAUCAGAUCAAGAAAAAGGUGUGGAUUCCACCGUCAUAACCAACGCAGGAUAGUUGUAGCUGUUUUUUGUUACUAGGGUGUUUCGUACCGUUCUGGUUUUCAUUUUUUGAAAAAGUAGAAGUUCAUGUAUGACGGUUUUGACAAUUUGUUCAUCCAAUAAAACAUUAUUGUUUUCCCUGAGAGAUCAAUUCAUGAGGUUUGCAUUAUGGACAUCUUAACGCACUUAAAUGCUCACGCACGCAGCUCACUAGCUCAUACUUUUUGCAUGGGAUUCAAGUCCAUCCAUCCCUUAACCCAAAGACCUACUGUAUGUUUUGGAUCUUCCGUGCAUUCUACCUUGACCAUAAUACAACAUCCCUUUGUGAUGUUUCUGCAGACAGCUUGUUCAAGGCUGUGCUUCCUGCCUCUCUCUAUACCACAACAGAUUUAGCAAAGGCCUGAAAGUCACAUUGUGAGCAAAUCCAGAUGUUUUUCGAAAUGGCCGUGUAUACGCUUAGAUGGACUGCAGACCAUCUGAUGUCCAUUCACUGGGUUUCCAUGACAACGCAUCCUGAAAGGACCCCUUUGGCCCGUGACAUCACAAGGGUCAGACGUGACUGUGGGAGGGACGUGACUCUGAAGUUCUGAGGCUAGCAGCACUGUUAGUGUCUUGACAGGGAUACGUCAAAUGGAAACACACACUGCUGUUAACCUUGCUCUCACUUUUAAAUUUGGCAACAUGCUGGCAUGUAUAUCAUAAACAAAGGGGGUGGAGACUCAAAUAUAUUUAGGAUACAUUUUAGGAUGGCCAAGUUGCAUUGUUUUAUGCAUUAAGAAAUGUCUUUUUUAUGUGUAACUUGUAUUUGCAAAUGUUUUUGGAAUACAUUUUGUUAUUUGA